CUUUUUCAUUUCCCAGACUAUUCACUUUCUCCCUGGUCGUUUCUUCUCAUCUUCCCUUGUGAGGGGAUGUAUAUUUAAAUGAACCUCCCUUCCCCUUCUCCUCUUCUCCCCCUAAAACCCCGUCCUCAUUAUUUUUAUUGUGUUUUACCCCCUCACUUUCUCGCUCUCACACUCCCAACUACUUCCCUCUAUCCCUUUAAGCCCACUCCCUGUACAAACGUCCAAUAAUGGGAUUCCGCUGGACAUCUCCCCUGGUCCAGGUCCUGGCCGUGGGAGUCAUUUGCUUCUGCUGUCCUGGCAUGUUCAACGCCCUCAACUCACUCGGAGGAGGUGGUCAAGUCGAUUCCAAGGUCGGCCAGAACGCUAACGUCGCCCUCUACACCUGCUUCGCUGUCUUCGGUCUCCUCUCCGGUGCAAUCCACAACAAGCUCGGCCCCAAAUGGACCAUCUUCAUCGGAUGCGCCUGUUACAUGCUCUACGUUGGAUCACUGCUCUGUUAUAAUCAUACCCAGGCCGGUGCUUUCACCAUCGCUGCAGGAGGUAUCCUCGGUGUCGGUGCCGGUAUGCUCUGGACUGCACAAGGUGCCAUGAUGAUGGCCUACCCUCGCGAACAGGACAAGGGCAAGUUCAUCGGAUACUUCUGGGCCAUCUUCAACAUGGGAGCCGUCCUGGGAUCAGUCAUCGCCUUUGGAAUCAACUACAACCUCACCGAGGCAAAAUCUUUGAGCGAUGCCACCUACAUCGCCUUCUUAGUCAUCAUGGGUAUCGGUACCUUGGUCGCACUCUCGCUCGCGCCUCCUUCGUCCGUCACUCAUUCGAACGGUGACCAUAUCCUGAUCCAAAAGUUUCCGACCUGGACCGGCGAGAUCGUCGCGAUCUUAAAGCUGUUCCUGGACUGGCGCAUGGUUGUUCUUGUCCCCAUGUUCCUGUCCUCGAACUGGUACUACUCUUACCAGUUCUCGACCGUCAACGGACGCUACUUCUCCAUCCGCACCCAGUCUCUGAAUAAUAUCCUUUACUGGGCCUCUCAGAUCGGUGGAUCCUAUUCAUUUGCGCGCGUCCUUGAUUAUCAGGGCGUCAACCGUCGCACCCGCGCCCUGUGGGGUAUCGCCAUCAUCAGCUGCUGCUUCAUCUCCACCUGGAUCGGUGGUAUCUUCUUCCAGCGCACCUUCCACAUCUGGGAACCUAAACCUAAUCACGACUUUAAAGAGGGUGCCUCUUACGUCGGACCUCUUUUCCUCUACAUGUUCUACGGACUGAACGAUUCGGCCUGGCAGACGUAUAUCUACUGGUUGAUGGGAGCCAUGUCGAACGAUGCCACGGUCCUUUCAAGAUACGCAGGGUUCUACAAGUGCGUCCAGUCCUGCGGGGCUGCUAUUUCCUGGAGAAUCAAUGCUGUCGGUACCUCCUACAUGACCGAGUUGAUCAUUUGCUUCGCGCUCCUUGGUGCCUCUAUUCCCGGAGCUUUGUACUUGACUUCAAGGAUCAAGGACCAUUCGGAGCAGGAGGAUGACCUGGAUGUGGGGGAGACCAAGGUCAAGCGGGAUCUAGAGCAGUUUUAAAGGCGAAUUGGGCUAUGCUCUGAAUCUGCCCUUCUGUAUAUUCACUGCUGUUUUUCUGAAGGAAAAAAAAUUAUGUAUAAUAUCGUCAACUCUUCGCUAUCAAGCUUAUUUCAUCGUCUGGGCUGUUGUCUCUGCUGAACUUAUGUUGAUACCCACAAAUGUGGUCAAGGCGUGCUCUCUCGACACAAAACAAAGCAAAGUGUAAACACAAAACGCGUAAUCUCAAUCUGCUCUGAGCAAACGGCUCUAAGCACAGAGGUGCAUAUUACAAACGUUCCAACAUAAACAUUGCACUGU